UCACUCCCGCCGAACCCGCCCAGCGCCUCCGGAGGUCUCCGCUAAACGGCGCGCCGGGGCCGGGUAUGUCAUGCCGGAGAGGAUCGGUUCUUCAGCCGAGUGAGUCCAAGCUCACGAUACCAGCACCGACGACAACAACAACAGCAGCAGCAGCAACAGCAACAACAACAACAACAAGACCAACGCGCCUGAAGGGAGGUGGGGAGGGGGAGGGGGAGACGGAACCGGCCUGGUUCCCAUUUUCGACGAAGCCGCCGCCGCCGCCGUAGUGCGCAGGGCAGCAGCACAUCCUCCCCUUUAGUUACCAGACCGACAAGGCACCCGCCCCAUGGCCCGCAGACCCAGCGAUGCCUUCUCCCAGUACAGCGGCGCCCCUAGCGAUGCGCCUUCGGGGAUGGCGGGGCGCCCGCGCCGUAUGUCGAUGGAGGAAGACAUGUUCUACCGGGAGGUCAUGACGUCGCGGCCGGCCAAGCCGCCCAGCUACGAGUCGGCCAUGAAGGCGGCCCUCGCCGCGCAGAGGAGGGCACAGGCCGCGCCGGCAAAUGUUGCCGACGAAGUGCUGCCGCCGUACUCGUGUGACAUCAACCUGGAGGGGGUCUUCAUGCGCAAAAUGGAAAUCGAGGAGACGACGAAGCGGGCCGAGUAUCGCGACUGGAGGAUGGUGUAUGUUGAGCUGCGGGGCACCGCGCUCAACAUCUAUUCGGUGAAGAAGGAGAGGGGUUGGUGGCCGUCCUCGUCCAAGCAUGACGGGCCCGAUAUCUCGCCCGACCAACCGCCGUGGGUAAAGAAGUCGACCUUGGAGAGGGCGUACAGCCUACUCCAUGCGGAUGCGGGGAUUGCCGCCGACUACAGGAAGCGACGAUAUGUCAUCCGCAUGAGAGUAGAAACCGACCAGUUCCUCUUGUCAUGCGUCGAGCUUGGAACGUUCGUGACGUGGCUAGACGGUAUCUUCGCCGCCAUCAACGUGUCACCGCCAAUCGACGAGCGCGACUUCCCUCGCGAUUUCAGCGUGCCGCGGAUCCAGAGGAUACGGUGGCUCCGCGGUCAGCGGCCACAGCCUGAAGACAGCAUCGGCUUUCACCGGCUGACGGAGCAACGGAGGCAAGACGGCAGCAGCGAAGACGAGGAAGGCGACAGGGACGGAGAGGUCGAGGACGGUGAAGCGCAAGAUCUAGGGUACAGCAGGGAUGAGGAGGGUAAUGCCGGAUACGGCCCUCGGACCGACCAUCCCAUCGUGGGCAGACUGUCGACAACGUCGUACCCCAACGAGAACAUCGACCCGGAGACGGGCAAGUGGAGGCCGCAGCACGUAUGGAGCACGACACACGACCAGCUGUAUGCACGGCUGUGCUACAGCGUGCUGCUCUUCAAGAGCCCGCGCAAGAGCAACUAUGUGAUUUCGCGGGGAAAGCGCUGGUACGUCGACUGGGAGACGGGCCGCAUGGUACGGGUCUUGCCGCCGGCGUACGGCGAGGUGGAUGUCAUGGGCCCCUGGCAGGUCAUUAUGCCGGAGAACAGGCUGCUAUAGUUGGUGGGGUCAGCCGGGAAGGCUGCGUUCUGCAUACAUGGCGAUCUUUUAUGUGCCACUUUCGUGCGCUACGAGCGACUCGGUUUGGAUAUCCCUAUGCUUUCCUUUUGUCAUACCGGCGGCGUGGAGUUCAGGGGUGUGG